AUGGACAUUGCGAGGAACGCAACCAGAGAUCAGGCGCGCGCGGCUGCUGGCCACAGCCAAAUCCAGUGGCUAAGGUUCUACACCUUCACACGCGAGGAAGCAAAAAGACAUGUGCAAACGUAUCCAAACUGCUCGUGGCCCAACGUCGAUUCGCGUGAGAAACUGGCAAUGCUAGCCCGUAUCAACCAGUCACUAGCCAACGAAGGCAUUCCUGAGGUGUCUGAGUCGGUAUUUCUUUGGCGGAUGAAGAAGGCAUGCCGAGAU